AUGUGUUGUUUCUCCUGGGACUCAGACAUAGACAACGUAGCCGAGAAGAAGUGCGGGUUCUGUGGGUUCUUUGAGUUCUGCACCUUCGUCUACGGCCUCAUCGUGUACUUCCUCCCAUUUACCAUUGUUUCGCUUCUACUCUGGGUCCUCCUCCGCCCCGACCACUUGCGGCCGCGAGUGGACGCUGCCGUCGUCAUCAGUUUCAGCCUCGACAACACAACCUCCUCCCUCGACUACGACAUCGCCAUGGAUCUGAGCUUCCUCAACCAGCACAGAUACCUCGACGUCCGGUACCUGGACCUCAUAGCGGUGGCAUCCUAUGGCGGGACACGGCUUGGCCCCAGCGUCGACGUGCUUCCCAUCUUCAUCCAGCGCCCCAGGGCAUCCAACGUUGUCCACGCCAUCUUCCAGGGCAGAGCCACUCCGCUAGCCCCGGCAGCAGCCGAGCUGUUCACCAGGGAGGCUACCAAUGGCUCUUUCAACGUCCUCGUGACGGUCGCCUCGACGUUCAUGUACAAGUUCCCAUUUCAUAAGACCGUCUACUACUUCGACCAUGAGUGCUACAUCCGUUUCCCGGUGCCCAACAGCGGUGUGACGCCGCCCACUACCGUAUUGACUCCGGGGACGCUUUGCAGCGCCACAACACGGUGA